AGAAUUUAAUAACGCGUAUUGCAAAUAAUUCAAAUACAUAAAAAAUAUCCUAUAAUUUCCAUAUUUUUCCAUAUUAUUAAAAAGUUUUUGAUAUUAUAAAUAAUAUAAUAAAAAAACGAAAUCUUAAACCAUGUCAUACUUAAAUGGAAAUCAGGAAGGAAAAUAUGGACAACUUGCUCAUAAAUUAAUAAAACUAGCUUCGAUGUCUAAUAAGAAGGUUGUACUUCGUCACGAUGAUCAAUCUUCAGAUGUGUCUACUGAAUUGUUACAUGAAUUUGGUACAACAGAUGUAGCAAUUGGGGAUGUUACAGCAGAAGUUAUGUUAACAACAAUGGGUAAAAUUCCAAGUGAAAUGUAUGAUUUAGAGGAUACAAGUCCUCCCAUUAUAACUAAAUUAGUGCAUUUUGAAAAAACAUCUCCAUUUGCACGUGCAAUAGCAGUAACAGAACCAUACCAUCCAGUUACUAAAGAACCUACAGGUCAUUCAUCGAUUUUAAUUGCUUUGUUAACUGCACUAUUGAUAAUAUUCUUAUUAUGUUGUAUCACAGCAUGUAUUAUAACUAAAUCAAAAAGAAAGAGUACUUUCUUUGGAAAAGAAGAUAUGGAAUGUGAACCAGGAUGUACUGGAAUGAAUCAGCCUUUACUAGAUAAGAUUUCAAGCAGUACAAACAAAACAAGUUGUGCUUCUAUGCGAAACUAAAAAUCUGCAAUAAUUUUUUUUCGAAUAAAAUACAGCCUUAAAGAAUCGUAACAUAUAAAAUAGUAAUGUAAAACAAGAUAUUUAUAUGUGUAGGCAUUGUG